CCACCUCACACCAUUUCAGAGUCUAUAUCGUAUUUCUUCGAUGCGAAAUACUUAUCGUUGCUGGGAAAGGAUUGAUUUACCGUGGCUUAAAAUAUCUCUGUGAACUCUCAUGACAAUGACAAUGAUGACCCCGAUAUCUCUAGUACAAUGGCCUGGAUGGCCGACGAUACUCUGCUUCAGCUUGUUUUCAAGUUUGAUCUUGCUGUUCACUUCAAUGCGGAGACGUCAUCGCUCGACUACCCCAUCUCCAGCUAACAGCAAAGAAGUCAAGCCCAAUUGUUACCCACCAGUUGAAGCCCUCCCCGAUUUUCACUGGCAGAGUAAGGAGCCAGUAAAGAUUCGCCCUUUCAAGCCAAAAUACAACUUGACCAUGAGCAUUCAGGAAACAGCCAUCAGCGAGCUGAUUGAGAUGGACAAGAACUAUCUGGAGCGCAUCACACUACGAAAGAAGAUCAUGGCAGAGCAAUCAGAGACCGUCCUCGGCGCUGCAGACGGUGUCAAGGAUGCUGUGGAUGAAUUCUACGUCUGGCUGGUGGGGAUAUACCUCCCAACUCGAUACCCUACCAUGUUCCACUUGCUUCCAGCAACGGAUGAAAAGCCAGAAUAUCUGCGAAGUUUGGUCACAGACGAGCGAUACCCCGUUCUCCCACAUUCUGAUCCACGAGAUACGCUCCGCUCCAUGGGUGGAUUAAUUGACGAUGACCUGCUCUUCCUACUACCAUCGGACGACGGCGAUAGUGUCACCCUCAAGGGCUUUGUGACCUGUUGCCCGAACGGGUUCAACACGGCGGAAAAGCUAAAUCUGAAACUUCGAGAUAUCCAUACCCCAGUCCCUCAAUACAAAGAGAGAUUGGAGAAAAGCAUGGACCGGUUCUUUGAUAGAAUCAAAGUCGGCAGGGUUGUGAAGCGGGCCAAUUGGACCAUUCAGAAUACCGAUCGAUUGUUCAGGGCAACCGGGAAUCAUGGGUAUGAGGGUGAAAAGACUACCAAACAAGAUCUAGAUCUCGACAUUGCUCGAGUCCGCGUCGAAAGACAAUUCCUCCACCGUCUACCUCGGACCCGAGCCCUUCUUUUUUCGUUCAAAACACUGCUCUACCCACUUUCUGAAAUCAGGGAAGAAGGUCUCGGCGAGGCUCUUGCAGAGGCUAUCGAUGGUCUGAAAGGGGGUAACGCGCCCGGAUUUCAUUUUUAUAAGCGCGCUGCCGUUUGGGGCGAAUCUGCAAAAGCAUAUCUUCGGGGUUGA